UAGUAAAGAUGGUUAUUGUCUACCGUUUGAUUUAUAAGUAGUUUAUUUUAUGAUGAUGCCUACAAAAAACUUUUUUGUGCGAUCUAUAGGAGGUGUAGCUAGAAAAUUUAGGGCUUUACAAGAGAUAUGGAUUUUGCCAUGGUGGGGUAGUGGAGGACUGGCCAAUGCACCAUUCUGGGCUUUAGAUACUUUGGUACUGGUCGUGAAAUUAUGUUCCACUUGUGCCGUAGCGCUGGUAAGAAUAUUGAUACCACCAAUUAUGAAGAGUUUACAUGGAGAAACCGUACUGAUAACAGGAGCAGGUCAUGGUGUAGGCAGGGAGCUGGCAAUACAGUUGGCUGAACUUGGCGCUACUGUCGUGUGCUGGGACGUCGACGCUGCACGCAAUAAUGCUGUGAUGGAUGAAAUUCGGAAGAAAGAUGGCGAGUGCAUUGGCUACACGAUUGAUGUAACAUCGCGUGAUCAGGUCAGCACGUUAGCAGCUCGAAUGCGCCGCCAGCUGAUCGAAGUGUCGAUGGUGAUACUCAACGCCGGUGCACUGACCUACGCCCCAAUUAACCACCUCCGACCUGAUGGUAUCACCAGAAUAAUUGAAGUGAAUUUGUUGGCGCACUUUUGGGUAAUCCAAGCAUUUCUACCGAAUAUGAUAGAGAGGCGGCACGGUCACAUCGUUGCAAUCAACUCGACUGCAGGAUUGAUGCCGUGUGCUGAUGUAGUGCCAUACUGCGCUGCCAAGUUUGGUCUACGAGGCCUGAUGGAAUCAAUAACUGAAGAGUUGAGGCUAAAUACCUGGACGAAGAAUAUCAACACGACGUCAGUAUACUUGGCAACAGUAGCCACAGGUCUAUAUCCAAUGCCGUGUCACCGUUUCACCUCGUGGUACUCCGAGGUGCCCGCCACCGAAGCUGCUAGACUUAUCAUAGAUGGAAUUCGCAAGAAUCAUAAAACAAUAUGCAUACCAUCCUUCAUAAAGACACUCGUCGACAUCCACAACCUUAUGCCGUACAGAAUAAGGAUCAUUUUCACUGAUUUCUUCAACUUCGAUCAUAGAGGAUGGUUUUGUUUUUGUUAAUGCUUAAUGUACAGUGCUUAAUUUGUACGUACGAUUUAUAUUAGUGGAUUAGUCAUAUCUCUUCUAUUGUUCAAAGAAAAAAUUAAUGGCAUUUAUUUACCUCUAAUUUAAUUAAUUGUUGCCACAAUUUUUAAUUUUCCUUUCAAUAGACGAUAUUUGUCUAAAAAUAGCUAUGCUUGCAUCUGUUAACAUAAAGCGUUAGAUAAACAAGUUUACAAUUGUUUGUUUUUAGUACUUAUUGAAGUUUAGUUACUUAUUAAUUUUAA